AUGGAGGCUAGCCAUGGUCACGUCUCCGGGGGGGUUGGCGUGCACCGACGCUUCAACGGCCCUGGAGGGGCGCCAGUGCGAGCUGCGCAGCAGAAUGUGCUGAGCUGCAUCUAUUGUCGCGAAAAAAAGAUCCGUUGUAACAGGCAAGAUCCGUGUUCUAACUGUGUCAAAGUCCGAGUUGAGUGUAUUUUUCCACGACCUGCGCGAAUCGCGAGGAAGAGAAGAGACACUGCGUCUGCGGAAUUGUCAGCGAGAGUGCGCCGGCUAGAGGAAACCAUCUUCAGUCUCAGUGAAAAUAUUAAACGGAAAUUUGAUACAAUGGCGUCACCGGCAGUUUCAUCCUCGCCCCCUGUGCUAGAAAGCCCAGCCGACACAAGCGACACAGAAAACGGAGCAGGGCUUGUCAAUUGUCCCUCUAGGAAGGCCCAGUUUGCGGACCGCCUUGUUCCAGAUAAGAGAGACACGGUGACCGAAGACCGCAACCAUGAUUAUCGGGAUACCUGUGAUGUGGCAACAAGAGAAGAGGUAAAUAUCGUCCUGGUCGCAUGUGCCAAUGAGGAAAUUUAUGUUAACUGGCGAGUGAAGGUCGAGGAGACACAUAGGCUGCGCCGUUCCCCCGUCGCGUUCCUACCAUCGUUGGAUAACGACCAAAACCGAGCCGUCGAAUUGGAUGCGCCGGAAAUGCAAAGCGCGCUGCUAUUCGGCCCUCAACCUACCGCAAAUUAUUUGCCGUUCGUCUGGCCGAAUCCCCUACAGCGGCAGAUGCUCUGGCAGAGCUACCUGGAGAACGUCGCUCCGCUCGUGACCAUCGUGCAUCGGCCUAGUCUUGAACAGCUUCUGGCGCAAGUCAACAUGUCUGAAGACGCCAUUGACCAACCAGACAAGGCACUGCUCUUCGCGGUGUACUUAUCUGCGAUCAUAAGCAUGACAUCUGCUCAGUGCUUAGACAAGCUCGGCGAACAGCAAGAGGCGGCAAUUCGUCGAUAUCGUUUCGCUGUCGAACAAGCGCUUGCCCAGGCUGAUCUACUGAACUCUCGUCGCUUUACCCUGCUUCAAUCUGCUGUAUUGUACCUGAUUUCUAUUCGCCGGCAUGAUAAGCGACAGUUUGUCUGGACAAUGACAGCGGUCGUGUUACGCCUCGCGCAGGGUCUGGAGAUCCACCGCGAAAGCGCCCUGUCCGCCACCUCCCCUAUGAACACUGAAAUGUCUCGGCGGCUGUGGUGGCAUAUCUCGGUACUAGAUGUGCAAUCUGCGGAGGAUCAUCGUACUGAGCCUAUGAUCCACGAUGGGCAAUAUGACACCCGAUUUCCGCUCAAUAUCAACGAUGAGGACUUAGUUCCCGGGGCCACAGAGUCUCCAUGUGAACGCUUGGGUUAUACCGAUAUGACUUUUUCUCUGAUUCGAUUCGAGAUUACGGCGAUUCAUCGACGCUUAAAGUAUUCUUUGGUCGUACAACCUAAUACCACUGCCGAGGACUUGGUGGCACAUCGUCAGCAGCUUAUCACUGGCCUUGACCAGCGUUUACAUGAGAAUUAUCUUCAAUAUUGCAAUAUGGACGUUACUAUACAUUGGCUCUCUGCUACAUUUUCUUGGCUUGUGCUUUCCAAACUGCGGCUUUCUGUCUAUGACGCGGUGACAUCUGGGGAUAUGUUCACUACAGAAACCAAAGCAAGCAUCCGUGGGUUUCUAUUUGCAACAUCCGUCGAUAUAAUCGAGCUCUCGGUCCUCCUAGAGACCAGUAAAAGAAAAAUCGGCAAUUGGACUUGGGUGUUCAAGAAUAACAAUCAGUGGCAUGCGCUCUCCUUCGUUCUCGCAGAGCUCUGUGUCCGUCCGCUGGGCCCUGAUGUGGACCGGGCUUGGUUGGCGGUUAACUCUGCAUAUACCUCAUGGAAGUCGCAAGAUGCGCAGGCCCAAAAAGAGAUUUGGCCAACCAUCUCCCGACUCAUGGAUCGAGCCACCCAGGCGAGGAAGCGCCAGCUAGAUAUGUCCCGUAUCCCUAGAUCAACUCUCUCUCGCCAGUAUUGCCGAUCGUUUCCCGUCAUGGAAUCACACCCUUGCGGUAAAAUUGAUAAUCUACAACAACCGCUGCCAAAACUGCCUGAGGUACUUCCUCACGUUUCAGAGCCUUCGACACACCACAAUCAUUCCUGUCCCGUGUUGAAUGCCACGAAUCUUCCGGUGGAUGGACUGGCGGGGGAUCCAAUGUUAACAUUGGUUAUGGACAACCGCUUUGGCGAGUUGCCAGAGAAUGUCUUUUUCUCGAACGCCGGUUUCCCGGCUGAUAAUAUUAUUGAUUUCUUUUGA